AUAGAAACACCACGAACAACCAAACCAACAACCCUCCAACUAAUAAAACUAACUCCAACCCUAAUCCAACACCCCUUACUAGGAGGGACGCACACCAAAAAAACAAUAGGGCCAUACAACAACACAGACAUAGACACCCCUUACAACCUAUGUGGCUGUAGAGAUAGGAAUAAAUGUAAUUUCUCCAAUAGAUGUAAGACCGAAAAUAUAGUUUACCAAUGCGACGUACACACAAACAGCCAUAUUAGAUCUUACAUUGGGGGGAUGAAAUACCAAAUACAGCUUAGAUAUAAUGAGCACCUAUCUAGCUUUAGAAAUAAAAAUAAGGCAAAUUCAACAGGACUUAGUAGGUAUAUCUGGGAACUAAACGACAAUAAGAUAGAAUAUAAACUAAAGUGUUACAUACUAAAAGUAGCUAAUUCCUAUAACCCAACUAACAGACGCUGUGACCUCUGUUUAACUGAACGCCUCAAAAUCCUAACGGCUAGGAAUGACCUUUUAAACAGGAGGUAUGAAUGUAGCCUAAUUUGUCUUCACGCUAGUAAAUACUCAUUCUCUAAGUAUAAUUAAAUAUAUAAUACAUUCCACUCCCUAAGUAUAAUUAAAUAUGUAAAAAAGAAUUUUUCCUUUUCUAAGUAUAAUUGAUUAUAAUUAAAUAGUAAAAAGACCAGAGUUAGCCCCCUUUUCACCUAAAUUUAGGGUUGCUCCCCUUUACUAACACCGCCGGUGCUAAAAUAUACGACGCAUUCCUCAAUCCUAACAACAUCACAUGGAAAUACAUUUGAUUAAAAUCGGAAUUAUGAGCUUAAAUAGCACCCAUCCUAUAUACCCCUACAGGAAGACCAACACAACUUCAACUAAAACUGAUUUCUCCAGGCAGCCUGAACUUGUCAGUUACUCUGAAGAAUUUAAUAAAAAAAACAACAACUUUUUGAAAGGGUGUAAAUGGGCUCCUGAUGGUUCAUGUAUAUUGACCAAUAGUGAAGACCAAUGUUUGAGAUUGUUCAAUUUACCAGAGAAGAUUUAUAAUAGAGAAACACAAAAUUUACCGCCAAUUGAUGCAGUCCUGAAGAUGUUUGAAUCAGGAACAAUUUAUGACUACUGCUGGUAUCCAGGAAUGUCAUCAGCUUAUCCAGACACUUGUUGCUUAGCUAGUACAUCCAAAAAUAAUCCAGUCCAUUUGUGGGAUGCUUUUACAGGGGAAUUACGUUGUACAUAUAGAGCUUAUGAUCAAUCUGAUGAAAUUGCAUCAGCACAUAGCUUGGCAUUCAGUUUGGAUGGGCAAAAGCUUUUUUGUGGUUUUAACAAGAUGUUAAGAAUAUUUGAUGUCAAUCAGCCAGGUCGGUUUUGUACCGAACAAGCAACAUAUUCAAAGAAAAGAAAAAAUGGCCAGUCUGGAAUUAUAUCAUGUAUUGCACCUAGCCCUGUUGACAUGUCCUUGUAUGCUACAGGUUCUUACUCUAAAGAAAUUGCCCUUUACAUGACAUCAUCUGAAAGUAUGCUUUGUAUGCUAAAAGGCCAUAAAGGUGGAGUGACACACAUAAUGUUUUCUUCAGAUGGAACUAAACUUUACAGUGGUGGUCGUAAAGAUCCUGAAAUACUUUGCUGGGAUUUACGGAAUCCAGGCACUGUAUUAUAUGUUGCAACACGUCAAGUUGAAACUAAUCAAAGAAUUUAUUUUGAUCUUUCACAUUCUGGUCAGUAUUUAAUAUCAGGAAACCAUGAUGGUACAAUUACCAUUUGGGACACAUCUAAGACCUCUGAGAAUCAAAGUACAAAUGGAGAAUAUAGUCUCUUAUCCCAUUUAACAUAUUCUGGCCAUACAGACAGUGUCAAUGGAGUUAGCCUCCAUCCAACUUUCCCUUUAGUGGCCUCAAGCUCAGGGCAGUGGCAUACCUGUAUGGAUGAAGAUUCUGAAGAUAGUGUUCCUGUCAAUUAUUCAAAUGAUCUGCGAUUGUGGUGGUUUCAGUAAAUUAAAAUUUAGAAAGUAGCAGUCAAAUGGUUAAUAUAUUGCAUUUUUUAAUCUUUGUGGAUAUAAUAAAAUAUGAAGUACAUAUUAAAAGCUUUUUAAAA